AUGGCAUUGCAGCAGCGCAGUUUCGCCGCGUUCGCAGCAGUCGCAGCACUGCUUGCAUUGAGCAUUGCCGUCCUCAGCGCUCACGUCGCACACAGCGGCUCAGGUGUUUGCCACGUCAAGUCGGAAGCGGCUGCUGGCUGGUCUCGCAUUGCCGCAUCGACCUCGCAUCGCAACUCGCUCAUGCCUGCAGACCAGAACAGCCUCGACCGACGUGCUGUCGAGUUUGACUUUGCUUCCAAUGCAUUCAUCUCGGUUAUCUUUGCCAUCAAGCAGCGCAACACGGACGCACUCGCCUCCAAGCUCAAGGCGGUCUCCGACCCUGCCAGCGAGGACUAUGGCAAGUACAUGACGCGUUGA